AUGACGACCAACGCCGUGCCAGAUACGCAAUUGGGUCUGACGGCUGAGGAGAUCCAGCUCCUGCGGCAAGGCCAGGCCGCCCUCGGCGCCGGCGCCGGCGGCUCUAGCUCCUCCCGCGCUGCCAGUAGGGCUAGCAGCCAGGGACUUCUGCUGCUCGACAGCUCCUCCCUCGCCGCCCUCGGCCGCUACUUUGACCGCCUCAUGGCCGGCAUCGAGCAGAACAUCCGCUACCUCAGCGAGCAGGCCCAGCUCUUCACCCAGGUCCAGUACGACCGCGCCGGCAACAUUGUCGACGGCGCCGACGCCGAGAUUGCCCGCUACACCGAGAUUCUGCGCCAGCUGGACGAACUAGAGAUGGACUUUGAUCGCAUCGCCAAUGUUAAGGAUAUUGUCAAGGGCUAUCGCUCACGGGUCGAGGAUUUGGAACGAAGUCUAGACUCGAGCGUGUCGUCGAGCCGACAUAAGCAUUCAUCCUCUAGUUCGCACAAGCACGGCUCACGCCAUCACAGCUCUUCGCAUCGCCAUCGACCUUGA